GUGGCGCCACCGAGUGCGCCCGAGCGCUCGUGACGUCACUUUCAGGCGACCGGAGCGUUCUGCUGAAGCGCUAUGAGCGGGGACGAUGAGGUGAAUCUCCUGGUCGUCGUCAUCGACACUAACCCCAUCUGGUGGGGGAAGCAAGCAUUGUUGGGCUCAGAGCUUACAUUAUCAAAAUGCCUCGAUGCAGCCAUGGUGUUGGGAAACUCACACUUAUUUAUGAACCGCAACAACAAACUUGCUGUGAUAGCCAGUCAUAUACAAGAAAGCCGUUUCCUGUACCCUGGAAAACACUGGGCAUCUCUCGAUCUCUUUGGAGAAUCUGGAGAAUCGAAUAUUUCUGGCAGCAAGGACGGAAAAUAUGAAUUAUUAACCACCAUAAAUGAAACCAUUGCAGAGGAGAUAAAGGAGCUGAUGACCAAUACUGAAGUAAAGGGGCAGCAGACAGAAACACUGCUGGCUGGAUCUCUUGCUAAAGCACUUUGCUAUAUUCACAGGAUGACAAAAGAGAGUAAAGCCAGCCAGGAAAUAAAGUCCAGGAUUUUGGUCGUAAAAGCUGCCGAAGAUAGUGCAUUGCAAUAUAUGAACUUCAUGAAUGUGAUCUUUGCAGCCCAGAAACGGAAUAUUUUGAUUGACGCCUGCGUGUUGGACUCUGAUUCAGGACUUUUGCAGCAGGCGUGUGAUAUCACUGGCGGUAUCUACUUGAAAAUUCCCUACAAGCCCUCUCUUCUGCAGUAUUUGCUGUGGGUUUAUCUGCCUGAUCAAGAACAGAGAUCCCAGCUGAUCCUUCCACCCUCUGUUCACGUUGACUACCGUGCUGCCUGCUUCUGCCACAGAAAUCUCAUUGAAAUUGGUUAUGUCUGCUCUGUGUGUUUGUCAAUAUUCUGCAACUUCAGUCCAAUUUGCACCACUUGUGAGACCGCUUUCAAGAUUUCGCUGCCGGCUGUCAUGAAAUCAAAGAAAAAGAAACUGAAAAUGGCUGUGUAGCAACAUCAUCCAUCUCUGUUGCCUUCUGCAUGGAAUCCUGGAUCCUGGAUUGUAACUUUAAAGCUACAAAACUGGGGUGCCAGAAACCGAAAUGUAUAUUGACACGAUCAACAAAGGGCUACAUAUUGCAAACCAGUCCAUAAAUUGUCCAGAACACUGUUUCUGUUCUAAAGUGUUAUAAAAUCAUGGUGUUUCAUCUGCCACUGGUUUGAACCAACACCUGAAAUCAGAGGAGGAGGAGGAAAUAAACAAAGCAAAGAUGGUAUGUAAAACUCAUCUCAUGUAUCAUACAUAGAGAAAUCAAAGUGAUUUGACACCUUAGUUCCAAACAAAGCUCCUUUUAUUUAACCAGGAGUUUGUGAGUUCUAGUCCUGCCUGAGGCAUGAAAGCUGGCUGGGUGGCCUUGGGCCAGUCACUCCCUCUCAGCUCAACCCACCUCACAGGGUUGCUGUUGUGGGGAAAAUAGGAGGAGGAAGGAGUAUUAGGUAUGUUUGCCACCUUGAGUUAUUAUAAAAAUAAUAAAGGCAGGAUAGAAAAUGAAUAAAAUAAAAUAAAUUAUUAAAAAGGUCUAAAAUUUCAGGGCUCCUGGGCUGGUCCUGCAGAAGCUCUUUGGGAUUCACAGAGAAACUCUCUGAUUUAGAGAAGCGUUAGGGUCAGAAUUGCUGUAAGCUACAUUUUUUGAUAUGGUUCAGGUCUAAAAGAUUUCCCUUUUUUGACGACAGUGACUGCAUCUGUUUUAAGUGUCUCUCAGUUUCUUGUUUUGGCAAGAUUUAUGUUAACCCAAACCAACAAAGCUGAUUCCAAUGGGAUUCUCAAGACUCCUCAAUACUUUUGGUAGUAAAAAUUGCCUGCAGGCUUCUCUUUUAUGGAUAGUGAAGAUCUCAGUAAUAAUGUUUUCCAUGUAGGCAAAUCUGCUGAAAGCAGGUUGGCUGGUUUGAGAAGAGGCAAGAGUUCAUCUUUCAUCUUGGUUUACACACAAGCAACUUUAACACGUGAUUUAUUCUCUCUCCAUUGGCAUAUCUCUUUAGCAUUAAUGUCGACACAGCCAAACCACCAUUCAUUCCAUCCUUUAAGUAUUGUGACUCUUUUUUGAACCAAAAUAUAAAGAUUUACUCUCUUAUAUACUCGCUUACUUCCUAGAAACAAUUUGAUUUGUUUAACUUAUUGAGAUACUUGUUUUAUACAAAACAUUUUACUGUUGGCUAGUUGGAUGCUGUUAUUGUUUAACAGUCUUUUCCAUUGCUCCUUAAUAAACAUUUCUAAGAAGACAGAAAAA